GUCAGAUGGUGGAACAUACUCGUGUGUUGCUCGUUCUCCUGGACAAGAAAUGGCUAUGGAUUCUACUUUUCUGACAAUUUUCACUAAACCGGAAUUUGAAAGAACACCUAAUCAAACCACUGAAGCUUAUGAAGCAAGAUGGAUACAAUUUCGUUGUAUUGCUAAUGGACAUCCCAAACCAGAAAUUCGUUGGAUGCAUAAUGGAAAUAUUAUUCCAAGUAAUCCAAGUAAAAAUGGAGUUGGUUCACUGGUACUUGGCCCAUUAAGAACUGACCAAGCUGGUCGAUAUACAUGUGUAGCAAAGAAUGAUGCUGGAAAUGUUGAGUACGAUUUUGAAUUGAAAGUCAAAAAUACAGGAACAUAUCAAUGUAUAGCUGCAAAUCCAGUUGGUGAAGAUCUUGGUGAACUUCGUUUGGUUGUAGAAAGUAAACCAUAUCUUGUUAAUCAUCCAAAUAAUAUGACAGCUCAAAUUGGAAGUGUAGUCGUUAUGGAAUGUCUUGCAGAAGGUCAACCUAAGCCAACUAUUACAUGGUAUAAAGAUAAACAACAAAUAAUUCUUCGUGGGCAUCGUUCACUUGUUAAUAAUGGCUCAUUAAGAACUCGGACAUGUACUAAUCCAGCUCCAAAAUAUGGAGGUAUUUGUUGUACGGCAGAAAAUACUGAUAUUCGUCCAGGUUUAGUAAAAUUUGGUCCUACUGAUGGUGAGUGGGGUAGUUGGACACCUUGGUCUGCUUGUACAGCCACAUGUGGUGUAGGUUUAUCUCAAAGACGAAGACGUUGUGAUAGUCCACCUCCAAGCAAUGGUGGAAGGUCAUGUGUUGGUGAAGCUGUUGAAGAUGUGAUGUGUGAAGCAUGCGGAACAGGAGGAACUCAAAAUCGUAAACGAACAUGUGAUAAUCCAACACCGUCAUAUGGUGGCACAUCAUGUCCAGGGCAAGACCUGAUGAACAUUGGAACCAUUCAUCUUAAUGCUAAUCUGUCCACUUCUGCUUCAAAUCUUUCUACUAAUUACGAAUUCCAUUUAAAUGAUGUACCAAUAGAACGUAGUCAAUGUUCACAAGCUUUAACUGAAAUUUAUCUUCCUGGCACUGGGUAUGCAGCAAAAGAGGUAUCUGGUGCGUCUAGUGGUCAUACAAUUAUGGAUACAUUGAACGGAAUCACAUGGGAAUCAGUUAGUCAGUUUGCUGAUGGCAGUACAAUGCAGUACAAUGAACCAAAGUGUAGUCUUCAUAGCCAUUCGUCCAGAGCAUUCACAGUUUAUAAUUUAGAGAGAGAAAAAUCACAAAUGGAACCUUACUCAUGGAUUUCUACAAUCCAAAUUGGUCCAGAAAGAAGACAAACUUAUUUAACUCAAGAACUUUAUAUCAAUGGAAUAGAAAAUAAAGUAAAUUUACAAACUGGACAAGUUGAGUUUUACGCUGAAAGUAUCAUAAAAAAACCUAUUGGUCCAGAUGUUUGUCCAUCUGGUUUUGAAUUGAAUCAAGCUAGAAUCACUGGAACAAGUAUUAGAUUACAAAGAAGACGAGAUUAUUGUAAAGAUGUAGAUGAAUGCGCUUUUCCAAAUUUGAAUAAAUGUGAUCAUGUAUGUAAAAAUACUGUACCUUACUAUACAUGUACAUGUCAUAAAGGUUAUCGCUUAUCAGUUGAUGGACAUUCUUGUAUUGAUAUUGAUGAAUGCUCUAUAAGUGGAAAUAAUGAAACUAUUUGCCCAUAUGGACAAAGAUGUAUUAAUACUCAUGGAAAAAAUCCUAUAAUGGAUCGUUGUGAAGAUAUUGAUGAAUGUCAAAAUGGACCAGGUAUUUGUGGACCUCAUACAUGUGUGAAUACCUUCGGAGGUUAUCAAUGUAUUUGUUUACCAGGUUACAAACGAAUAGGUGAAGUAUGUCAAGAUAUUGACGAAUGUCUAUCUGGAGCUUAUCAAUGUAGUGAAAAUGAACGAUGUGUAAAUAUACCAGGCAGUUUUCGUUGCCAACCUGCAUGCCCACAAGGAUACCGUGCGAUGGGUACACCUGAAUCAAAUAUUAUUGAAUGUGUUGAUAUUGAUGAAUGUGCUAUCGGAAUUUCUCAGUGUCCGCUUGGAUCAAAAUGUAUUAAUGAACCUGGAACGUACAGUUGUCGCUGUUCAAAUGGUCAAGAAGCUGGAACUCAAGGAUGUGAUAAUCGACGUGAUUUGUUCUGUAAUGAAGGAUUUCAAUGGAAUCGAGAAAAAGGCUGUAUAGAUAUUGAUGAAUGUAAUCCAUCAUUUGGUUCAAGUCCAUGUCAAUAUAAUUGUGUAAAUACAUAUGGAGCUUAUCGUUGUGAAUGUCCAAUAGGCUAUGAAAUAGAUCGUAAAACAAAUUUAUGCAGAGAUAUAGAUGAGUGCAAUUUAGGCAAUCCUUGUAGAUCAGAUGAAGUUUGUUUAAAUCUUCCAGGUAAUUACACAUGUGUACAACAAAGAUGUCCGAAAAAUUAUGUUUACGACAAAAAAUCUAGAUCUUGUCGAAUAAGAUGUAGUGAUUCUAAAUUAAAUUGUCCUCAUGGUGCUAUGUUUGCUGAUACUGUGGAAUAUUUAGUUGUUAGUCUUCCAUCGCCUGAAUCAUACCGUGUGACGGGGUCAAGGAUAAUGCUUCGUGUUGUUGACUGGCAUCAAGUUCAGCAAUCGAAUUGUCACUAUCAUCUUUUAGACAAAGCACCAAAUACACCAGUUCAUCAUCGUACAGAAGACGGAGUUGUUUACUUAACACCGAAUUGGGCUAAAAAUAAUACAAAUCAAACACGUGAGCGUACACUAUUAAGUGCACAUAUUGAAGCGGCAACAAAUUUAACAUAUCAACAAACAAAAUAUGAUGAACCUGGUCAGUUAUAUUAUUUGUUUUUCCGAGUAUCAUGUUAUGAAAAUGAUACUAAACUAUUAUUAUCAUCAUCAUCAUCAUCGUCAUCAUCAACAGUGGACUCUUUAUCAACGACUAUAUCACCAGGACAUAAAUCAACAGCUCCAUCAUCAUCUGUAACUUCAUCAACAAUCAAUAAUGAAUAUAAUAUUGGUAAUCAAACAUGGUUUAAUAAUACAUCAUCGGAUAUGAACAAUUAUAAUCAAUCAUAUAAGAAAUAUAAAUUAAUAUUUCAACACUCAUUUUAUGUUUACAUUUCAAUAUCAAAAUAUCCAUUCUAGGUAAAUGUUCUCAUUACAUUAUCGAAUCUAUGCAUGAUAAUAUAAAAAUAAUGAAACAAUGUCAAUUUUAUAAGAAUUUGACGACUAACAUUCUUCUUCUCUUUCUUCUUCUUCUUCUUCAUUGUUUCUCUCUGCGUGUGUGUGUGUGUGUGUGUGCGUGUGCUUCUGUCUAUUUGUUACCCAAAUUUCAAAAAUAAAAAAAAGAAAGAUCAUACAUCUUUGCUUUUCUAGUCACUACUUUACUACACUUACUAUGAUUUCGAAUGAACGUGACAAUUCAAUGUGUUCAAGUGAUCAUCUUACUAGUGAAUUGGUUUCUAUGUUGUUUUGUUUAAAUGUAGUUCAGUUUUGUGUUGUUGUUGUUUUUUAUGAAAAAAAAUCUUUCCCUUUUCAUUAUGUAACCUGAACUUAACCAUAUGAACAUGUAACCUUUUGAAAGAAAAUGGACACGAUAAAAAUAUUAAAAAAUAGGGAAAUCAUUUAUCAUAAUUCAUAAUGAAAAUAUAUAAGCUCGUGUUUUUCUUUCUUUUUUUCUUUUUUCUUUUUCUUUUUCUUCUGCUUCUUCAAAGAAUGCAAAUUUUUCAGUGUGUUGUUAUAGGCAACAAAAAAAAAGAAAAACUAAAAUCAAUUUUAUAAUUAAUUUAAUAACCGGUUUAAUGAAAUUGUUCUGUAUGUGUUUAGGUGAGAAUGAAGACAUUGUAUCUUGUAUGUUGUCAGUAUUAUUAUAAUAUAUAUAUGCUAUAUUAUUAUAAAAAAUAAAAUCAGCUAUUUAUUACAAGUAAA